ACCUACAAGAAGUUAAAGAAAAAGCCUUAGGAAAAUGUCUGGUUUGAAAUUAAUGUGCCCAAUUUGUACUGACGAUGUGCGAGAAACCGAGGAAGUAGACAGCACCAAUUGCGGUCACAUCUUUCAUUCGUCAUGCUUGGAACAAUGGAAGGAACGUAACUCUACGUGUCCACAAUGUCGCCAUAAGAACCCUUCAACCCAUAAGUUGUUUUUUAUCAUCAAUGACUCCGACGACGAAACUCAAGUGGAAAAUAGUGACCUAACUGCCAAACUGGAAUCAAGUUUAAAAAAAAUACAAAAUCUUAAAGAGAAAUUGGAAGAAAGCAAUGUUAACUUCCUGAGUUUGGAGGAGCUCUACACCGUUCAAGAAGAACAAACAAAGGAAAUGAAAAACCAAAUGGCAGAAUUGGCCAAUAAUUUUGAAAACUUUUUGCAGUUACACGCUUUGUAUUGCGAGUCUGAGGAACGGGCCAGAUUGCUGCUUCAGGAGAAUGAACGUCUUACGUUAGAGAAUGAUUAUGUCAACGAUCAGCUUGAUCUUAAAACACCAAAAAUUCACACAACAAGUGCAUCACCUCAAUACACCGCUUCAGUAGAAAAUAGCAUUGAUGAUGCACCAACCGCAAAGUCUGAGCUGGAAGACAGAAUAAAACAUCUACAACAAGACAACGCCCUUCUCAAUAAAGAAAAUAGUUUCAAAACAAAAGAAGUGGAAUUGAAAACCAAGGAAUUAUCCAUGUUAAGGCGAAUGCUUAAAGAAACGAGUAUAUUGUUAGAUGCAUAUAAGGAACCUCAACAUACCCAUGAAACUUAAAUAAAAAGACUGUGGAAAAGUGAUUAUCUGUUCGAUAUAAGAAGAGAACAA